CUACAAAAAGUUUGGCUUCUCUACCUGGGUCCUGGUCAGGCUGUUGGUUCUCUCUUGUUUUUCAGAAAACCAGGAACUGAGAAUCAUGGCUGCAAAGCCCAUACUGUAUUACUUUGAUGGCAGAGGCAGAAUGGAAUCUGUGCGCUGGCUCCUGGCAGCUGCUGGGGUGGAGUUUGAAGAAGUGCUUUUGGAAACAGCUGAAGAAUUUGAUAGUUUAAUUAAGGAUGGAAAACUAAUGUAUCAACAACUGCCAAUGGUUGAAAUUGAUGGAAUGAAGAUGGUACAAACCAGAGCCAUCUUAAGAUAUAUUGCCGGAAAAUACAACUUGUAUGGGAAGGACCUGAAGGAGCAAGUCCUUAUUGACAUGUAUACAGAAGGAAUGAAAGAGCUGAGCGACUUAUUUAUGUUAGUGCCAUUUGCUGCACUUGAAGACUGGGAAAAGAGUGUUAAAUUCAUCACUGAGAAAGCCACUCAAAGAUUCCUCCCAGUGUAUGAGAAGGCAUUAAAAGACCAAGGGAAAAAUUACCUUGUGGGCAACCAGCUGAGCUGGGCAGAUGUCUUUCUACUUGAAGUCAUCUUAAUGGUUGAAGAAUGCAAGUCUGAUGCUCUCUCGGCAUUCCCUAAACUGCAGGAGUUCAAAGCUGCAAUCAGCAAACUCCCCAGGAUUCACAAAUUCCUUCAGCCGGGUAGUCCAAGAAGACCACCCAUGGAUGAAGCAGGUCUAGAAGCUGCAAAGAAGUUAUUCAAUUUGGAAAAAGGCUUGCUUUUUAAAUACUCUACUAUUGUAUUAGUUGAGCUUUAGUCAUGCCCACAAAAAUAUUAGUUUGUGCUCCUACAGCAUUUCUAGGUUCAGUAACUAGCAAAUACAAUGUCUUGUUAUGAAUCAGAAAAACCUGAUCUUCAUUUUGCUUAUUAUAAAACUUUCUUUGAUUAGAACUUCAUCUUAUUCAGGGUCAUAGAAUCACAGAUUUAAAUUUUUUUUUUUUACAUAUUUAGAGCCAAAUAAACCUUAGAGUACACUGAGUCUAGACUCUUCAUUUUACCAGUGUGGAAAUUGAGAGCAAGAGAGGUUUAGUGACUUACCAGAGGUUACACAGGCAAUAUGUGGUAGAGUCAGGAUUGAAACUUAGGUCCCCUGUUUCAAGAUUCAACUGUUUUUCAACUGUUAUGCUAUCUCCCUUUAAUUAAUCUAAAGUUUUUAGGUAAGUUUGAACUUUUGGAAUAAAACUGAAAAUCAUGUGAAAACAAGAUAAUA